GUACUGAAAAGCCCUCUCCGAUACAGCGUCAUGCUCCAUUUCUCGUAAAAUGAAGUCGACAAACAAGGCACGCGGAGUGAGGGAUACAGUAUAGGAUUUACUUUUAUCAGUUCACAUGGUUAUUCUUCAGACAAAUUUGCACAAAGAGAACAUGUCGCUUUGUCUGACUGGAAAAACGGCUCUUGUGACAGGCUCCACAGGCACUCUCGGUAAAGAAGUUAUCAAGGGAUUGGCAGAGGCCGGAUGUUUCAUUAUAGGAACAGAUCAGGUCCCAAAGUACGCAGUCGACAGCGUCUUUGACGAAUUAAAUCUUGUAUCUGGUACACAUAUGACGUAUAUCUCAUGUGAUUUAGCUUUAACAGAAGACAUCGAAAAACUGUUCAAGGAAAUAGACAAAGAACAUCCAGAGGGCGUAGACAUUUUUGUCAAUGUUGCAGGGACGCUUUGUUUCGGAUCCCUCGUAGAAGACAUAUCCCUGGACGAUUGGUGUAGGGAGAUAUCCAUCAAUCUCACAUCAGCCUUUAUGAUCACGCAAUACGUCAUUCCUAAAAUGAAAGAUAAAGGUUGGGGACGUAUCAUAUAUGUUUCCUCUCAGCUGGGAUUAACGGCGAUACCAAAGGCCUCAGCAUACAUCGCAUCUAAAGCAGGCCUUCUGGGUCUCACAAGGGCUGUGGCAGUGGAGUCAGCUGAAAUGGGAGUAACAGUCAACGCGGUUUGUCCCGGACCAAUGGAUAACGGGUUCAUUGACGAUGUUUUCAAAACUCAUGCGGUGGACAGGAAAAUAUCAAUCCAAGAUGCAAAGCAAUUGAUGAAGACAUAUCUUCCUACGAAGAAAUUUUCCAGUUCUACACAGGUUGCAUCGUUCAUAUUAUACCUGUGUUCUCCCGGUGCUGACAACAUGACUGGAACGUCGACGUCAAUGGACGGAGGGUUCAACGCUAUGUGAAAAUAUACAUUAUCAACACUGCUUGAAUGAAUGUUCCGGUGAAAAUACCUAUUAAUACACAGGCUUGUGGUGUGUAAUUUGGGAGACAUGCUGCAUGUACAUAUAUUAAAUGGUCAUGUAUAAUUAAACCUUACACUCUU